AUGACUUUGACCUGCAAGAGGAACGUAGCAACCGCGAAAGCAACGAGGAACAGCUCGCGGCGGUUUACGAGCAGAUUCCAGAGGUCUACUUUCGCCGGGAAUUCCGCCUGGAAGACCACGACGUGUUUCGCCAGAGCAUCGCAAAGAGCUUCGCAAACCAGGACCAAGUAAGCGCGGGCCUGCAGGAGUAUCUGUCUGUUAUCGAAGAGGCUCUGUUUGCGCAAGUCCGCCAGGCGCACCGGAUGCGGCUCUUCGAGACAAUGCUUCUCUCUCUUGGUGCGUUGCUGAAGCAAACCAAAAAGGUCCAACACGCAGAGAAAACCGUAGUGAAGGACUGGCAGCAAUUUAAGACCAGCUACGCGCGCGGUCGGAAAAUCGCUCGCCUCGGAAUGGUACGGAACCGAACGCAGGACCUGCGCCGCCGCGUGGAUCUAAUUCUUACCGUCAAGGAAAGCAUCCCGACGAUCCAAGUAAUGAAUCAUUCGCACUAGGAGAGACUUACAUCUAGAAUUCUUCUCACGUUUUGAAUAUGUUUUGCGUCUCGGCCGAACAAUAAGCAUUGCGUUCACUACCGAAGUCAUAUUCUCCCAUUUAUGCAAAUACAACAGAUGUUGCUCGCAGCACAAGAUUUUGGCACCGCCCUGGAUCUUCUCGAGAGCACAACGGCCGCCAUUGACCGCAAGGACAUGCUCGGUGGGCUUGCAUGUGUGAGAAACAUCCGAGAAAGCCUCGCAGCCCUGGCUAAGUCGAUGGAAUCCACCUUUGCCGAGAGGUUCACACAGCAGGCCGUAGACCUCGCUGCGGCCGCGGAGGCCACGUGGCAGCACAGCACGCGGGCUGAGCUGACCCUGCCCUCCGCGGCGGGCGGUGGUUCUACUGAGGUUUCUGUUCAGGAGGCGGCACCGCCGGACAUUCCGGACAUCGGAACGCUGCUUCAGAGCCGUCGUAGCCGGACUGCCAGUAAAGCCGACGAUACGGCUCAACCACAGCAAGCGGCAGAGGAUUCAGGCCACUCGCGUCCAGGUUCGCCAGCGGCAGCGGCGUCAGUGACGGCUCUGACGAGCACAAUCACCGGCGUACGGUCGUCCGCCGGCGCCGGGCGGUCGUCGUUUCGAAGCAAGGAAAGCAGCGCGAGCGACGUGGUGGAGUUGUCUAGACCUUGGGCGCUCUACGAAGAACUGCUUUCUGCGCUGAUCCGUCGCCGUACCUUAAAGGCAUGUCUCAGCGCCGGCUUUCGCGACGCGCUGCUCACACAGCUGAAGCACUCCCUGAAGCUGGUCACUUCGCAAAUCCUAAGCGAGGCGGAGCAGAGGCACAACAGCGCCGCGGCGACGUCCGGUGAAAGCAACUCUGCUUCGUCGCAGCCACCGCCGGCGGCCAGCAGAGGUUCCUUCCAAAUCCGACUGCAGAGCCUGAACCACGACCAGUUUGUGUUUUUCUGGGGCGCCAUCUUGCGCUGGAUCGUUCUCGACGUGGGUGCGCGUCUCAAAUCGCUGCUUCUUUUCAUGCUAGCGGCCCCCGGCCUGGACGCAAGCGACCGACGCGGGAUCUUUGCCGAAGUUGUGCGGUGUUUUGAAGUCGCCUUGUCAACACUAAUUCAAAAGGUACUUUUGAAAUAAGUGAAUAAACUUGUUUAUGAAACAAGAAGUAGAACACCUUCACCUACACCACUCCACGGGCGGGAAGAGCCUCUUGACCUUGAGCCUGAUCCUGCCAUAGACAUUCAUCAUGGUCGGAAUUAUUUUCGCCAUGAUAUACUAAACGUUUAUUUAGAUUUAUUGCGUGAUCCGAUCGAUAAGGAGGUCGAGGUGGAUCUGCACGUGGUUGCGAUCUGUACAACCCCAUCCGCGCAUUCUCACAGGUCGGCACGUUGAUAGGAUACCGGCAGCAGGAGCACCAGAACCUGUACUACAGUGAUUGGCGUGGCAUCCUCGAUUUGACGUCGCGCAUGCUCGAGACGCUACACCGCACUGCUGUGGACCCGCUGCUUUCGGAGGUGCAACGCCAGGAAGAAAUUCUUGCGCAACAAGCAACUGUUUUGGCACAAGAAAUGAAAGUUGACGGCAGCAGCAGCAGUGCUUCAUCAUCAGUGUCUUCGAGCUCCGAAGCGGUAGACAGUAAGAGGGGAACCAGCUCAAAAAAUGCACCUGUCGAGGACAUCACGAUAGUACCUCCUCAAGCGGCUGUAAGUGUAAGUGCAGCAGUCGUGAGCAAGAAAAUAGUGGACGUCGCAGCGAGCCUUCGUGCGAUUCUGUACACCCAAUCGAAGGCAAUCGUGGUAUCAAAAGGAAAAAUCCCCCCUCCCCAUAUCGAAAAGCUAUGUUUCCGAAAAUUUGUGUUGCUGAUUUGAGGUCACAAAUCACAUUUGUUUUGCAAGAAGACAAGGGCAGAAGCUUCCGCCCCAUUAUGGAGGCGAUUUGUCAUGCUGUUGGGCCUAAAGGGGAGCCGUUUGCCGUGCUGAACAACUAGACCCAUACGCCCCUACCUAGCCCGGGGAUCUGGCCGCAAUGCCUCUCCGCAAUACAAACCUGAUUCGUGUACACAGAAACUCCGUUUUGAUAUGGGGAGGGGGGAUUUUUCCUUUCGAUACGUGGAAGAGUUUCACCACCGCAAGGUCGCGCACGUGCAGAUGGUUUUAGCUGAAGAGCUAUCAACUGUAAAAAUGUCUGGGUCUGGAAGAAUUCAUGUCUGUCAUGCUUGUCUGGCAUGAUUCUUAAAUCUGUCAUGCACGUUACCCAAGAGCUCCGUUUUUCUGUGAUGCAGAAGCGCAGUCUGUCAUGCAGAAUAGGCAACACCUAGGAGCUCAGAAACUUGUCAUGCUGAGCCAGCAUUUGUAGCCUCAUCAUGAGACGCCACCCAGCAUCACAAGUUUCCAGACCCAGACACUUUUACUUUUGAUAAGAGCGGUGGGAACGCUGCGACGCAACCAAGGAGCACCGGGCCUACGUUCGGUUUUUGGCCGGCGAAACCGAGGAAGUAGAGUUUUCGCCCCGAGCAGCGAGUACUGUUUCAACAGCGCCGAGUAGUGUUGCCCCCGUACGACCAGAAGAUGCACCGCACAAACCUGCCGCACCGCCCGCCAUGAUGCCGGAUGCCGCCGAGGUUCAACAAAUGUUGCAGUCCUUUCACGAGGGCGGUGAAACCGUGACAACAACACCGGAGGUAUCUGAGGCCGAAAAGCGCAUACUUGGUAUUGCUGAUACCGCGAACAUCAAUCCUGCUUCAGCCACUCAGGGUGCUGGUAACGGCGCUGCUUCUUCCGCCGAUCAGCAAACACCGUCCGUACCCGCACGACAACAGCAUCUGGAGCAAGAGAGCCAGCACUCUGAGAAGUUUUUGAAAGUGGAGAAGAGCCACUUCCUGGUGGUUCCCAGUGCGCUGAUGAUGCUUAAAAUCGCACAGGAAUACCUGCAGCUCUGCCGCGCGCUGCAAAGCGUUGCCGUCGAAGCAGUGCAGCGGCUCACCCAUCUCUUCAAACUUUUCAAUCGGCAAAUGCAGCAGCUUGUGUUGUUCGGAGAAGCAAAAACCAACAAGGUAUAUAUAUAAAUUUCGUUUUCUACUACUGGCAAAGUGUCAACUUGCAGGCCUGCAAAUCUGCACUAUUCCUAGUUUCGUUUCAUCGUGCAAAUCUUUUUUUUAAAUCUUUAUCUUUUCUAUAUCAAAAUCAGGUAUUAAAGAAAGUGACCGCGACCAACAUUGCAUUAUGCAGCCAGACGUGCGGGAUGUACAUGGCAUUGGUUCCGAAACUUCAAGAGCAGCUGCAAAAGUGCCUGAUUCUCGAGAGGCCCUCAAGUAGUUCGUCAUCCUCGUCUGUGGUGACGCCCACCGCCGGAGCACCCGCACUGCAGCAGCCUGCUAGUAUAACAACCUCCGCUGCAGCGUCGAUUGUAAACCGGACACGAAUGGCGCUGCUGGCUGAUUUCGGAAAAACGGUUGGCGACUUCGAAGACCACCACCAAAAGCUUCUGGGAAAACUGUCGGAGAUCCUGGAAAUGCGAUACGACGUGCACGCCAAGGCGCUGUUCUCCACACCACACCCGGCCUUGCCACCGCAGCUACUUCUCGCGGCGGCGACAUCAAGUAGUCCCCUGACGGCACAGGUGGAAACUGCUCUUGCGGCCGAGCAAAGCGGUAGAAGCGAAGCUCUCGCCACCGAGGGCGCAGCCGCAGUAGAAAUAAAGGAAAAAGCAGCAGACGGGAACCAAGAAGUAGACGAAGGUACGGCACCUGCUCGGGGUGACCCAACAGUAGAAGGCGACGAUCCAGACACUACCUCCACACAAGCCGAGGAUUCGGAUCGCGGAGCUGUAAAGGUCGGUACCAGUAGAGCGCGCGGGAGUUCUGCAACAGUUGUAACAGAGGUAGAGCAGCAGUCAGAUGACACAGUUGCUACUAAUAUCGCAGGCGGUGGAGCUUCUUCUACCACUGCAAAUGCUGAAACGGCACUACCGCCUGCGCCACACGAUGUGUGUGCAGCGCUCGUCAAGGAUGUAAGUAGCAUGUACCGAGUACUGCUGAAAGUGAUAUCUGGCGAAAACAUGAAGAGAAUCUUCGCCAGGGCUUUCGACACGAUGCAAACACGGUUCCGGCAAUCGCUACUCGAAGUGGCACAGAAUCCGCACUUCGUAGAUCAGCUAGCCGCAAGUGCAACUCCGCUACAGAGUCCAGAUAGAGGCGAAAGCAACGCAUCUUCUUCGCCCACCGCUGCGACCUACUAUACACCUGCGCACCCAUGGGGGAACCGCCUUCUCCGCGAUCUAAAUAGCAUGGGGAGCGAGUUGCUUCAGCUGACCGUGAUUCAACUGCAGGUCAGACAAUGGCUGUCGAAUAUGGUUACUCACGUUGCGGAACACCGUGAACACUGUAGCGAGCCGUUUCUGCAACCUGCGCAGCCGGCUACCCUUGCUCAGAUAAAUGCGGAACUCGAAGGAGGCUAGAGUAGCGACCCUUUGCCUCACUUGCACUUUUCUGUCCACCCGAAAAUUGUGCUUUCGGGAAGAACGUACACAUACUUACAAAUAAACCAGCCACAAAACCGUGCACAAUCACAUGCGCCAUGUUCCUACCGGGGCCAGUAGCUGCAGCGAGCGCUGCCCCGCC